GUUGUUUUGUCAUGCGGUCACAGAUCUGCAGAAGCCACAGUAAACAAUGUUGAAGAAACUUUUUUUUGUAGGUCUUCUGGCCAUUAUUGUGCAUCAUAUUGUAACAUUAACACUUAUUUUGGGAGCUUUCAAAACUGUCUACAAUCAUAAACCAGGCCCAUGCAAAGUAGUCCCAGGCAUUGUUAAUGGCUCAGAAGAUAUUGCUGUCCUUCCAAAUGGAUUAGCUUUCAUCAGUUCAGGUAUAGAUAUUUUUAAACUCUCUCCUGAUGCUGAUCCAAGAAUUCAAUAUUUUCAAGGAAGAAUAUUCCAGUUUGAUUUCAACAAACCAGAAGAAGCUGCCAAAGUUCUACCGAUAGAGGGCGACUUUGAUGGCAAAACAUUAAGACCGCAUGGUAUUGAUAUCUGGCAAGAUAAACAAACAGGGAAAGUUAGAUUGUUUGCUGUUAAUCAUUACUCAACUGAAGACACAAUUGAAGUUUUUGAUUUUGACCAAGAGAGGGCAGCAUUGGUACAUCACAGAACCAUACAACACAAGUUUAUAAUCAGUGUAAAUGACCUUGUGGCUACUGGGCCUGAUAGCUUUUACUACACUAACGAUGGAUAUUACCGCGGAGUUAAGCGUACACUUGAAGGACUGCUCCUCAUGAAAUGGGCCAGCAUUGGUUACUAUGACGGCAAGGAAGCCAAGAUCAUCAGAGAGAAUGGUCACUUAUUCAAUGGAAUCAACAUGUCACCUGAUGGAAAGAUAGUGUAUGUCAAUGAGGUUUUUGCAGGAACGAUGGAUAUACUGAAAAGAGAAUCAGAUAAUUCACUCUCUCUGUUAGAGACUGUGACUUUCAACAGCUUGUGCGAUAAUAUUUUUGUGGAUGAAGUUGGAGAUAUUUGGCAAGGCUGCCACCCGAUUGGCUACAAGUUCUCUUUACAUUCUCAAAACUUGUCUGUACCUGCUCCAUCCCAGGUGCUGCAUGUCAAAUUUGCUGAUGAGAGUAGAAGACAGUACGAGAUAAGUGAAGUACUCAGCAACGAUGGAAGUCUGAUCUCAGGAUCGUCGGUAGCAGCAUAUUACAAAGGUUCUAUGCUGGUGGGAACAGUCGUAGAUAAAAUGGCAUACUGCCAAAUUAUAGCAUAUUAGUAUUUUAUUACAUAGUUUAAUCAAACCUGUGUCUUUGCUGUGUGUGAUUGUUUGCUUCGUCAUUUGUUAUUUUUCUUUCAUGUUUGAUGUUUGAGGCUGUCAAAUAUUGUAUAGGAACCUUGUUCCUCCUUGGUUUUGCCCUACUGUUUUUGAGGAAAUAAAUAUAUUAUUAUUAUUAUUAUUAUUAUUAUUAUUAUCAUCAUUAUUAUUAUUUAUAGGUGUAAUUUUGCCCUACCUGACGUGGAAAUGUACCGAAUACUCAGUACAGUUG